CCCCGCCCGGUGUUGGUACGGCCUGUCCGGCGUUCGGCGUUCCACACCCCCCCCCUCUCCUUCCAGGUUGGUUCAGCCCCCGUCUACUCUGGGGUGGUGCUUAGCCGGCGCCAGACCGACCCUCGACUUCGGAGGGGCAGUGCCGUUCCUCUGGGCGCUUCCUCGGCGGCCGCUUCGGCUCCUUCGGCCUCGUCGGCCUCUUCAGCCUCCGCCGGGACCCGAGACGUCGGUGUAUGCCCCACCCCUGACCCCGCUAAAGAUAUGUCCACCCCGGCUCGGCGGCGCCUCAUGCGGGACUUCAAGAGGUUGCAGGAGGAUCCUCCGGCUGGAGUCAGCGGGGCUCCGUCCGAGAACAACAUAAUGGUUUGGAACGCGGUCAUUUUCGGGCCCGAAGGGACCCCGUUUGAGGAUGGAACAUUCAAGCUUACAAUAGAAUUCACUGAAGAGUAUCCAAAUAAGCCACCUACGGUUAGAUUUGUCUCUAAGAUGUUCCAUCCAAAUGUCUAUGCAGAUGGUAGUAUAUGUCUGGACAUACUUCAGAACCGUUGGAGUCCAACCUAUGACGUGUCUUCCAUUUUAACAUCCAUACAGUCUCUAUUGGAUGAACCCAAUCCCAAUAGUCCAGCAAACAGCCAGGCUGCUCAGCUGUACCAGGAGAACAAGCGGGAAUAUGAAAAACGUGUCUCUGCGAUAGUAGAACAGAGCUGGCGUGAUUGUUGACCCGGGUGCAGUGAAAGAAGAGGCCGGUCAAGAGAAAAAUCUAUAUUGAUGUGUUUGUCACCUCCCUAUUCUUCAGUGUCAUUACAUUUACUUUAUUAAAAGCAAAAUAGCUGUUGUGCUGUUUCCAUCUUCCCUCGCCAAGCUUUUCCUACCCCUUCUCCCCUCUCCUUGAACAUCAGAAAACACCCUCUAGGAGAUCAAAUGUACUGUACCUGGGUUACGUGCAAAAUUGACUAAUGCUCAACUCCUUUUCUGUUGUGUCUCAUGUCCAGUUUUAGGGCAGGAUUGUGCUACCGUGCUUUACACUGAGCUUUUAAAGUGAACCGUUACACAAGUGGUGCUUGCGCACAGCUCGAUGACCAGGAUGUUAUUUUUAACAAAAUGACUGCUGAAGUGUUUCAUCCUGGCCGGCCCUUCACUCGUGUUGGAUUUAGACGUGAAUGUUUGCAAUAUGGCCUAUGGAAAACGGGGGAACAGAUCCAUGUAAACACCCAUUUUGAAAGAGCAGUGGAAGCCCAAAACGCUAGGAUGGUAAGGUCCAACCAGUACGAAUUACAAGAUGGUCUUUACCGGUAGGAAGGGAACGGUCAGUGAAAGGGCUCCGCCACAGGCGCGCAGCAGUCGCCCGUAACUGACACGUCCUCUCCUUGCGGGAUGCUCGCCGGGCUCACCCAUGCUAAGUUUCAGAAGACCGAGGUCGUCUUCUGGGUUUUUGCUUUUUGAAGAGGUGUGGGAGCAGAGGAAUGGAAACAAUCAUUAGUUUGAAGCUAGGGAACGUUGGAGAUCCUUUAAUCUUUUUAAAGGAGAAGUGCUACCCUAGAUAGACUUCUAAUCCCCCAUCAUUUUUUAGAGUUUUAAUUAGCCCAAGGAAGGGAGCCUGUCUGUGGCAAACUGUUUUUCCACUCGACUCCUGAGUUCAUGCUGCAUGCUUUUAGUUUCUUCUUCCCUUUCAGUAUUAUAAGAACCUUAACGUUCUUUCUGUGGAUAUUUAUACUUUAGAUAGACAGUACGUUUCAGCAGCAGCGUGGGACAAGGCUUGUACAUGUUUCGUCUAAUGUUCCAUCGUCACCUUUUGUGCAUUUGUCACUCUUCUAAAUCAAACUUUGCACAAGUAACCCAUGUAAAAAAAUGUACAUUUUUCAAAACUUGUAAAUAAAAAUAACCUUAAAAUUUUGUAGUCAAGGUAUAAUUAUAUUUUAGCUCACUAUGAACUUUUAGUAUUAACUUAUUGGAAUCUCACAGCUACUCACUUUCCCCCUUGAAAUAAACAUGGUGAAAGCAAAAUUACAACACUCUGCGAGAGGAACAAGAGGAGUAGAUCUUGUUGGAGAGGACCUUCUUUCUUGUCAUAAGUGUUAAUGCUCUGUUCUUUUUUUAACGUUUUAACAAGAAUGUAAAACUGUUAAAUAAAACAAAGUUCCUUCAGCA